AUGACUCGUCCAUUCAGACUUCUGGAUUCGGUGAGCUCCUCGCCGACAACGACAGCCGGGGACUCCUCCGAGCCACCCGCUCCGCCGGUGGACUCCGACUUCGUCGUCAUACUGGCCGCGCUCCUCUGCGCCUUGAUUUGCGUCCUGGGCCUCGUCGCCGUCGCCCGCUGCGCCUGGAUCCGCCGCUUCUCCUCCGGAUCCGCCGCCGCGGCGGAAGGUGGCAGGGCUCCGCCGGCCCCGAGCUCCUCGCAGGCCAACAAGGGGGUGAAGAAGAAGAUCCUCCGCGCCCUCCCCAAGCAGACCUUCUCCACCGACACCGCGGCCAAAUUCUCCGAUUGCGCCAUCUGCCUCGUCGAAUUCGCGGUCGGGGAUGAGUUCCGGGUGCUCCCGCAGUGCGGCCACGGCUUCCACGUGGACUGCAUCGACACCUGGCUCGGCAACCAUUCAUCCUGCCCUUCCUGCCGACAGAUACUCGUCGUCAAUCGGUGUCAGAAGUGCGGCGGCGUGCCCCCGAGCUCCUCGUCCGCCGCCGCCGUCCCCGAAGGAGGAGGUGGAGCGGAAACUGAGGCGAGAUUGAAGGCGCGAGAAGAUGUGGAUGACGGGAAUCGAUUCUUGCCCUAG